UGCUCAGUCGUUAGUACGGCUCGAAUCUGCGGUGCGGAGUGUCGUUCCAGCGACUCUUCGUCGACUGUAGUUCGUUCGUUAAUUCAACGUACUCGAAGAAAUUUGACAUUCAGUUUACAUUCCACUUCAACGUAACGUUUCUCGAUUGAGAGGAUACAUUGUUCUAUACGUCACUGAACGAAGGCGAAGGUACGAAAUGUACUGCAAGGAGAGGAGUGUAACGAUGCAGGGGAAGUUGAUCGGUAAUCGAGACUUGGAAGGACGGGUACUGGUCAUUUACACCGGUGGAACUAUCGGGAUGACCAGAAAUCAAUUCGGAUCACUGGUUCCGACUCAUAACGCGAUUGUCAAACUGUUGCGGAAUUAUCCUCAAAUGCACGACGAAGAAUACGCUUUCAAAAAUUUUGGCGAAAACAGUCCGCUCGUUUUGCCGUUGACCUCGGAAAAACGGAGGGUGGUUUACGAGCUUCUUGAAUACGACAAUCUGAUCGAUUCCAGUAACGCGAGAACCGCUGACUGGAUUUGUCUGGCUGAAGAUAUAAAGAAAUAUUACACCGAUUACGAUGGCUUCGUAAUUCUUCACGGAACGGACACGCUGAGUUACACAGCUUCCGCACUCUCCUUCAUGUUGAAUAACUUGGGGAAAACAGUGAUCGUAACCGGUUCUCAAAUAUCGAUAUUCGAACCGCGAAGCGACGGCUUCGACAACUUUCUUACGUCCCUGUUGAUCGCUGGUAACUACAACAUCCCCGAGGUCUGUGUCUUCUUUGCGAAUCAACUGAUGCGCGGAAAUCGGACCAGCAAAAGGACGACCGAUGCCUUCGAAGCCUUCCAUUCACCGAAUUACGUGCCUCUGGCCGUUGCAGGAAUUACCAUUGAUGUUGAUUACCGAGCGAUAUUCCGUCCCCAUAAAAUUGAAAAAUUCAGCGUCGAAACAGAACUCUGCGAGGACGUAACGAUGUUACGGCUGUUUCCUGGCAUCACCAGAGCAAUGAUAACCGCCGCGACGUAUCCUCCGACUAAGGGGAUGGUCCUUCAGUCCUACGGGGCAGGAAACAUGCCUACAAACCGACAGGACAUACUCGAAGAACUUCGCAAGGCUGUCAAGCGGGGCGUAAUGAUAGUAAACAUAACUCAAUGCUCGCAGGGAACGGUGAGCGCAAUUUACGAAACUGGAAGGACGCUUCAAGAUGUCGGUGUCCUGUCUGGAUCUGACAUGACCCCGGAAGCCGCGUACACGAAACUAGCAUACGUUUUGUUAAAGUCCGAAUGGGACAUGCAGAAGAAACGUGAAAUUAUGCUAACCAGUAUAAGAGGCGAGCUGACCUCCGAACGACCUUUCAAUCCUAAAUCCAAUCAGCUGUUGGACGCCGUUGCCAGGAAUCUCAACAUCACUUCGCAGGGCGAUAUAAUCCGAUUGAGGAAUAGUCUUUUUCCUGGAAUGGUCGCUGCUGCGAUAUUGGAUAAGGACGUUGAAAAAUUGAAGGCGAUAAAAGAAUACGGAUCUGAUUUCUGCGAAACGAACGCCGACUUUCGGACUCCCCUUCAUAUCGCAGCUUCCGAGGGAUGCUUGAAGGUGGUACGCUAUCUGCUAGAAAACGGUGCCAGCGUUCAUUUGCGAGACAGAUUUGACCGCACUCCUCUCAUCGAUGCGAUCGAAAACGACCACCAUGAGGUGAUUGAAUUACUGGUCGAGUGUGGAGCACACAUUUCUGGUUGUGACCAUUUGAUCGGCGAGCAACUCUGCCUGGCCGCGGCAGUCGGAAAUGUGGACAGACUGAUGUCGUACUGCUACGCUGGUGUUGAUCUGUCGAAAAGAGACGUUUCCGGAAGAACUGCGCUGCAUUUCGGAGCUCUGCACGACCAAGGAGAAGUGGUGCAAUUUCUGCUUGACCGUGGAGCCGAUCCGGAAGCUGUCGACAUGCUCGGGCACACCCCUAGACAACUAGCAGAAUUAGCGUUUGCAAAUGUAGCUCAGAAAUUACUGCGGCCAAUUAGUCUAAGUCGAUAGAUAUAAGAGAGAUAACAUGAUAUUAAUGGCUUAAGUAUGAACGUGCGACAUAAGAUGAAAUAAAAUUCUUAACUACACACCAAGAA